AUGUAUGGUGCCACAGCAGGCGGCAGCCUCGGCAGCGAAGGAUCGCAGAACACAGACUGCGACGCCAUCGCUGACGAGGGAUGGCCGGAACUGCAAGGUGCAGAGCUCUCGAAAUGCUCGACAUUGGAGGGAGCACUAGACCAGAAGCAUAUAGCCCAGGCCUAUCGUACACCUCAAACCGUCCAUAUGAACCUCACACCAGCACCGAUGACUUACCCUGCCUGCCCCGAGGCAGCCACAUCGUCGGUACCCAAGUUGACCAUGUACUCGACGUUGGCCGGUGCCCUCGGUGAAGAGUGGGAAGCGCAGAGGACGCAGCACGCAUCCCAAUCCAUCGACAUGUACGACACCCUUAUAUUGACGACUUCCUCCACAUAUGCCGAGGCCCUCGCACCAUCAGUGUCUCACCCUCAGAUGUCAACGUACGACGUCCGGAUAACUGCAACCUGUCAAGAGGCAUCAGAAUCCGUCGAGGCAUAUGCUACCCCUGCACCGACGACGUACGUAAGCUACAGCAACGACAAUUACACUAUGCACCCCGAGGCAUCCGGCACGUCUACUUUCGCCGGGCCUUCAACCGGUGCCACAUACCAAUACGACUUGGAGGGCGGAGACUGGGACGCCCUCGCCUGCCACCAAAAAUGGCCGACACUUCAGGGUGCAAAGAUAUCUGAGGAUUCUACAUUGUCCGGUGCAUUACUAGAACGGGCUGUGGGCAAGACAGAUGAGAAACAACAACCUCUAUAUAUAUACGUGGAGCGCUUGCCUACCGCUCUCGCCUCCAGUGGUGUUACGGCAGCACCCUACUCGACAUUGACCGGUGCGCUCGGUGAGAGGCGAGAAGCAAAGACAUCUGAGGAGCCAUACCUACCUACUGCUACAUCUACCGUCCCCACAUUGCCGACUUCCCCUGCGUCUGGUGACCGCACCACCUCACUCCCAUCGACGCAUCAAACAUCGAUGUACGACCUGCCAAUAUCAUCCACCUGUCAUGGAGCAUUGGAAGCGGUCCAGGUGGAUGCCAUCCCCGAGUCGACGUACGCCAGCUACUGCGACCUGGCUGGGUCACCAUUAUCGUCAACAGCUCAGCCAACGGGAUAUGGUCAGCCACAGGACGGGAUCCGCACCGGGGCACUAGCAUCAAUUGAGGCGUAUGAUACUCCCAUAUCAAUGGUGACGCCUAGCGAAGACGGCGGGAGUAUAUCGUCAAUGUUCUCUGCUUCACAGAUCACGCCUAUGGAAGGGUGGGGGGAGGUACAAGUGGAGAUUGAUAAUCAGUUCCUGGCAAAGCUGGAAAGCUUCGUAUCCAGAAAAGAGACAGCCGACGCGGAUCCUUACGAUAUUGAUUUGCGGGAUAAGCAAGACCUCAACGACGUCGUGUUCACAGAUACGGGCCUCGGAGGCACGUGGAAUAAUGGAGCGGAUCAGCUCUACGUACCGAAGGCAGAACAAGCCCAAGAGGAUUCGUCAUAUAUCCUUAUCAGAAAACGGCCAGCUCAUCUCACUAACUCGCUUCAACAGCCUUUAUACGAGGCGGAGGAG